GAAAAACAAUUCAGAGCAAAGUUUGGUUUUACAUGUUUUGAAAAAUCAUAAUAUUUACGAUUUUUGUCAAAAUUUUAUUUUAAAACUAUUAAAAAAAAAAAUUACUACAUUUAACUAAAUUUUAGAUUCUGAGCUGAGCGAAGAAUAUUUUGGUUUUACAAUACUAAUGUUUAUGUUAUAUAUAUUUUUUUCUUUUUUUUAACUGUGAAUAACUUUUCUACCAGAAACCUUGAUUCGAUUGGCAAAUGUAAAACUUUUCUGAAAGGAAAUUUGACUGCGGUUGUACUUUAGGGAGGUCAAUUUUUGAUUUUCCCAGAAGUUUUCUCACUAAAUGAGGAAAACGAGACAACAGGUACGAUAUUAAACAAAUAUUAUUAACGAAAACAUAUGUAAUUAUUUUCCAUAAUAUGAUAUAUUAUACAUUGCUGACAAAGCAACAAUAUCAAUCAAACUCGGCUUAAAAUCGUUUUUUCGUUAGCAAUGGUUGCGCUUACAGAUAAAUAUUAAAUUACUUAUAACAGUAGCUGCGCACCCGACCCCAUUAUCCUAGGAUAGUUUUCUUUUUGACCACUAAGUACGACUUUUAAUGAAUCGAAUCUUUAAGCUAAUAAAAUAUCCCAAAAUAAACCAAAUAAAAAUUACCUAAAAACUCGCAAAACUCAAAUAUCUAUAAAUAGUUCAAAAAUAAUUCAUAUGUUUUGAAAGUCCGUAAAUAUAAAUUUUUCGUCAAAAUGUCAAGUUUCUACUAAUAAUUUAAUCUGGAUUACAAUGAAAAUAUCAAAAAACUUAGUCACGAUUGAGAUUAAAAAUUUAACAAAAAGAUCUUUGCAUAUUUUUUUAUUGGAGCAACAUUUAUGGCACUAAUCAUAAUCCGCACAAAUUCAAAAUAAUGAAAUCGUUAUGCCGUAAUUUAAAAAAAAAUAGUAUAAUCCUUUUUUUUUGGUUUUUCCCAAUUAUUACCACAAAUACUUUGCAUAUCGAAAAACGAUUUACUUGUGAAAUAUUUGUGAAAUAUUUAAAGGAACAAAAUCAAUUUUUUGUCAUUUUUGACUUGGACCAAUAUUUUUAGUAGAAAAUAUCGUGUGAACAUAAUGCGAACAAUGAAAACUGUAGCUUCGCGACACAUCGUAAAUAUUUGCCGUUUUACCUAUAAUUUUCUUUCGGGGUUUUCUCAAUUAUUUCGAAAACCUAUUGGAAAAUAAAAAUUGAUCUCUCCAAUGCAACAACAAGUGAAAAUUACCUUUCAGAAAAGGUGCUAUAAUCUUUACUUCGGAGCAAAUAUUCUGGUAGAAAAGUUGUUCAGACACAAAAAAAAAAAAAUAGUAAAAAACAACACAUAGUAUAACCUAAGUAAGUAGGAAAGUAGGAAAGUAGUAAUCUAUUGAUUACUACUUUCCGAUUUAAAACAUUGUAAAUCCAAAACAUUUCUCACUCCGCUCAGAAUCUAAAAUAUGAAUGACUAGGGUGAGUGAAUGACCGUGUGAGUACCAAAUAAAGUACUCACGGCAGUCAUCUUGUUAAACUAAAAACAAGCACAUUGUUUGCAUUAAGAUUAAAUACUAAUAGCCAUUUUUUUAUUUCUUUGUAAAAAUUUAAAUUUUUUAAAUUGAAAUUGAAUGCUUAAAUAAAACUAAUUUUUAAUUAAUUUAUUCAUGAGGUACAAUUUUUUUUUUUUUACUUUUAGGGAUGUGAGAACUAAUAAAGUUUGAGAACUGUAUGUAUAUGAAAAUAAACCAAAAAGAUGUCUACUAAAAUUUCACAAAAAUGAUUACGAUAUUUUAAUCAGUAGGUGAGUGUACAAUGUACACUAUAAAUGCCUAUUUCAUAUUUAAUGGUAUUUAAAUAACCAUAUUGCACCAUCCUGUAUAAAAAUACUUGUUUAAAAGUGUGUUUAUGUUAUAAAAGUUUGUCAAGGCAUCAUUGUUUAUUUAAAAAUAACAUCUGUAAAUAGAAUAAUACAAAUAAAUACUGUAGAACAAUGAAGGUAGUAUUUUAAUCCAGUAUUACAUAUUUCUACCUAUUUUUUAUAAUCUAGCAUAUUAUGAACUAAUUUUAUUCAUGGCCGUUUUGAAAUAAUAGCACACUAAAGACUUAAGUUGCAUGUUAAAUUAAUACUUCAGUGUCUCAUUGACAAAUUUUAUUGACUUGUGUCUAACAAAGGUUUUUAUUAGUGUAUACAUACAAUACCUAAUAUUUUUAAGGAAGUAAAACUGUAUAUUUAAUAGUGCGUAAUAACACAGCUAUUACUUGUAUAUAAUUGCUAAACUGAAUGCUUCAUAAUUGUAUUUAUUGCACAAUAUAAAAUUAAUUUUUAUUACUUAAUUUGUUAAUUUUAUAAUAAUUCAGACAGAUUAGAUUAAAUAAUUAAUAUUUGGUAUUGUUAGGUAUGGUUACAAAUAGUAUGUAAGUUAAUUAAGUUCUUUGAAAAAAAAUAAAUUAACGAGUUAAAAAGUGUAAACGUCAAUAAUCAUCAACUAUUUUAGAUUAUUAGCAGAACGAGGAAGUUAUUAGCUUAAACUGUUUAAGGUGUGCAUACUUGAAGUUAUUUUUGUACCUAUUACAAAUAUACCAGGUGAUCCAUUUGUGGAUACAUUCAUUAUCUCGGAAAGUAUUAACUUUUUCCGGAAUUUGUUUUCUAGAACAUUUAAGAAACAAGCUGCUCUACAAUUUUAUAUUUUUGUUAUUUUUUGUCACCUUUAUUUUUGGGGGUAAAACCACUACGUAAACUUAAAAAUUUCAACAUUAAAAUUUAUUUUAACUAAUAUCCCAUCUAUUUAUGCAAUUUUUAAUAUAGGUUGCCAUUUGGAAAUUAAAAGUAAGUAGUGGUUUUACCCCCCCCCCCCAAAAAAAAGGUGACAAAAAAUAAAAAAAUAUAAAAUUGUAGAGCAGCUUGUUUCUUAAAUGUUCUAGAAAACAAAUUCCGGAAAAAGUUAAUACUUUUCGAAAUAAUGAGUGCACCCACUUAAAUAGAUCACCUAAUAAACAUAUAUUGUGUAAAAAUAGAUUUUAGAAUUAUUGUAGUCGUAACAAUCUAUAUUUGAUAUAUUAUAUUAAUAUUUAAAUUUAAAUACAUUCUAUGAACUAACAGCUAAGAUUACUUUCCUUAUCUGCAGUAAAUAGUAACCCACGAUUUUAACUUAUUAUUAUAAAUUAAUAUUGCAAUAAAUAUUAAAAGUUCAUCAAUUCUACAAACAAAAAUAUUGUUAUUAUAAUUAUAAUAACUAUGUUUAAGAGGACGUUAUACCCGCAUCUACUGUCUCAGUCCAACUACCAAGUAACACGCAAAAAGAAUGUUUACGCAGAAUAAAUAAAACUAGCAUAAUAUUAAUUUUAGAGUAAAAAUACCUAUUAUGAAAUGUAUAGAGAACAAUAUUUUGAAAGGAAUGUCAUAGGUGUUUUUUGAAUUAUGAACUAUUAAAAAAGUUUUAAAAAACAAAAAUAAAAAAGGUUUUUGUAUCUUUUAUAUCGAACUGUAUAUUUUAAAUGAUACGAAAACCUUAUGGAAUUCCUUCCAAAAUAUUUUUCUCUAUACAUUUCAGAAAAGGUACUUUUAUUCUAAAAUCAAAAUUAAGCUAGUUUUACUUAUUCUACGUAAGUAUUGUUUUUGCAUGUUACCCAAAAGUUGGACUAAGACAAUAGAUGCGCGUAUAAUGUCCUCUUAAUGCUAAAAAUUGUAUAUAAGUUUCUAACUUACAGAAUGAACAUCAAUAAAAAACGCCACGUGACUUUGGUAGAUAACCAGCCAGUAAAUGAAAGACAAUAUAACUAAUGGAUGGUCAUAAAUUUAACAAUGUUAUGCGUGGAUGUGUGGUACAGGUAUUAUAUAAUAUAGACGAUUUCAAAUUUUUCAAAUAAAUACUUAUUUUAAACGGGGUGAGUAUUCAAAUUUUUCGAAUACUACAACAAAAAUACCUACACAAAAUCUAUGCAGUCAAAUAAUAUCAAUUGGUCACAGCGUCAUACAGCAAAUAUUAAAACAUUUUAUUAAGACAGAUACAUUAUUCUAAACGUUAAUUUUGUUAUAUUAUUAAAUGUAUUUGAAUAGAACUCAAAAUAAAUAUAACAAUUUUACACAUAUUAUUAUAGUAUGCACGUGUUGCAGUGACCAUAUACAGUCACCAUGUCUACAGGACUUUGUGAUACAGCUAAGACCAAAAACCGGAGGGAGGUGCUUCUUUACAUCCUUGAAUUUUGUUUACAGCAAAACAAAACGCACCAAGAGGUCAACAAAUACUCUAAGCAAUAUGCAGUUUAGCUGAGGUAUCGCGAGUGUGUCGUGUCCGAAAAUCUCUAUAGAUAUCUAUCCAGUAUCUACACUGCAAUGGCACAAGGAUCCCAAAAUAAUUACAAUUGCUUUUUUUUUUUCUGUUAAAAAUUUAUAUUUUAUUUAAAUUUUAUUGUUUAUUACCUAAUUCAUCCAUGAUUUAAAAUCGUAAAGCUCAAAAGCUUUUAUACAUCUACAACUACAAGAAAAAAAAAUUCUAAGCGAUAAAGGAAAUGGGAAAAACGCAAAUGAAUUUACUAGAGUAAUGAAGGUAAGAUAAUAAUAAUACAGACAUUUUUAAAACUUUAAAUCUUGAAAUAAAAUAAUUCGAGUUUAAAGGCUGUAAAGACAAUUAAUAAUUGCAAAAUUCGCAUGUUUUAAUAUAAUUGAAAAUUUAAUAAAAUUUGAUUUUUUUUAUACUUUUUACCUUUGUAAAAUAGUAAAGAUCUAUUUUCUGUACUAAAAAUCACACAAAUACUAUACAAUAAUUUUAGUAAAUUUUAGAUAAUACUUAUGUACCAUUUUUUCUGUAUUUAUUAUAUCCAUAGCCUGUGAAACUAUUCUGUAUAUGUCGUUUGGGGUGUAGCAAAUAAAAUAAAUAAAAUAUUAAUUUAUGAUAAUUACUUAUAUAAUCUCUCUGUUCUAAAUUAUAUUCACAGUAAUAGUGUACCUAUAUACUUUUACAUAACACUUUAUUAAUAAUUUGGAUUUAUUAUAAAUGUUGUAGAUUACGUUUAUUGUUACAUUGUUGUUUUUUGUAACGUCACCAAACUAUGGGUCGUUUAUUAUAAUUGACAAAUUGCGGAAAAGAGCAUUAAUAAUAACACACAAACUUCCAAUAUGCCGGAUUUACAAUAACAGGUAAAAUAUGAUAUAGAAAUAACAUUAAAUACUGAUUUAUUAUUAUGUCUAGAAUAAUAUACUUAUGCAAUCUAAAAAUCAUUAUAAUACGUUAUUUUGUUGAAUUAUAUGUCAAAAAUAUAAAAAGUUCAACUAAUAUGUCAUCCAAUUAAAAUGGUAAUCCUACUUAAUUAAUGUUUAUUAUAAUACUUAUAUAUAAUAUUUUGUACAAGAAAAAAUAAAGAAUAAAUCCAUAUGAUUUUUGUCAGCAAUAUUAAUAACUCAUAAAGCAAUAAAUAAAAGACAAAUUACCUAUAUAAUAUAUGCACUGAAAAAGAUACCAAUCAUACAUCCGGUAAACUACGAGCAAUUACUAAUUAAUAUUAAUGGUUGUUGACAAAGAGUAUAAUAAUACCUCAUCAGGUGAAACCAUUUUACGAGGACAAGAUAUGCAUUUUCAUUAGAUUUGAUCAUGAUGAACAAAAACAAUGUAUUCCUAUUUUAAGAGGGGGCAAAAGUAAAUAGAUAAAUAUAGGUACACAAAAUGAAAAAAAUAAUGAAUUUGACCCAAGGAUUUUUACAGUUUAACAACAAGUAUAAUUAACAAUUUAUCUUUCGGUGAACUGCUCUUAAUUUAAACAUUUUAAAUUACAAAUAAUUAUUUGUUAUUUAUUAGAUUAUUUUUUUGUAAUAUGACAUUUCCUACACAUUAUUUUUUUAAACAUAGGUACAACACGUAUGUUAUAUCUAAUAUAACUCACAGUUAAGUAGGCACAGACUAAUUAACACUUUGUAUAAUAUUUAGAUAUAGUAUGUACAUAGUAAUAUUGUUAAGUGAAUUAAAUAUUUACCUAUGAUUAAUAUAAUAUAUAGCUACCUAUUAUAAUAUGUAGGGCAAUAAUAUAAAUAAUACAAGGAAUAAUUGUAUUCUACUAGAUAUAUAGAAUACACAAUGCAAGUACGUUUGUAUCAGUAUAGAUUUUGAAUAUAAGAAAGAAGUUAUUAGUUUUAUAAAGAUGUUAUAUUUGGGUUAGUAUAAAUGAUCUGUUUUAUUCACACGAUGUUUCACAAGAUUCAUAUUAUUUAAAACAAUCUUUGAAAUUACAAAAAAAAAAUAGUUAUCUACUUCAUUUUUUUUAAAUACUACAUUGGUAAGUAGUAUUGGCAUAUAUAGUACCAAAAAAUGUGCAAAAUUUCUGACACUUUAAUUUAAUUAAACAUUUAUCAAAACUGACAGUUCACCCCUAAGUCCUUUAGUAGUUUUUGAAUUUUUGGGUGGUCUUGGCAACAAGGACAACUAAAACCAUGACCAAUAUUAAUAAUAAUACUACUCUAUUAAAAAUCGUUCUUUGUUAGCAAUGGUUUAUUGUUGCAUACAGUAUUUUUACUAAGAUAUUUAUAAUGAUUAAUCGGACCAGAAAGGAAUGCAAAUACAGUGUUACUACUUAAUCAUUUGGAAAUUAUUGUACAAUUAUUGUAAAACGUCAUCAAUGGACAAAUUAGAGAUAAAAUCAAGUUUAUGACAUGUAUAUUUUGUUUUUGAUCAUUAUUUUAACUAUUAUUACUAUUAUGUAUUAUUAUUAUUAAGUAAAUAAAUAUUUAAAAAAAAAAUUAUAAAAAAAUGUUCAUUCUGCAAGAAGACAUAUAAUAAUAUUAACAAUUGCACUAGUUAUAUAUAUUUUCAUAUUGUACACUUUGUUAAAUCAUGGGAUUAUUGUUUCUGUAGAUAUGUUUUAAGAUUAAAUUUGGAUGGAGUAAUUUUAUAUGAAUAGCUGAUUUUUUAAACUAAUAAUUCUUUCAACGACUGCCUUUAACUAUCACUAUCUCUCUUACUCAAUAUAGGUUUCACGUUUCCUUUUCUAAACGGAGUCAAUUUAUUAAAGUGUCCAUGAACUACAAAGACCAUCUACUUUGAGGGUGCUAAAAUUAUAAAUACGUUAAAGACUCACGAGGGUUAUGCUCCCACAAUCCCAUUUCACAACUUUUACAAUAAUCAACUACGCCUUUUAUUUUCAAUAUUUACAAUUUUGUUUAUAAAAAGCUAUCCUAGGAUAAUGGGGACAGGUGCAGCCACUGUUGAAGGUGGAAAGUAGGAUGCAAAAGGGAGUUUUAUGUAUAACUGUAAACAAUGAUAGACCAUUGCUAACGAAAAAAACGAUUCUAAUGUGUACACGCAUUUAUCUUAUUAAUUAUUUAUUUGUGCAGGCUUGGCUAUACAAUACAUUGUUGGAUCGGUACUUACAUCAAUUUGUGAUACAUUUUUAAACAAUGACACCUUAUUAAGCCUUGUCCAUCAGUUAAACAAAGUUGAGAUACUGCUUGACGAAUUAAAUGAUUAAUUGAUGAUAAAAAAUUGUCUUCUUUUCUUCCUCCUGUGAUUCACUUUUCACUCGGAAUGAAUCAGUUCACUUUAUGUGAAGACAAUUUUUUAGAAUCGGCAAUUUCAGAGAAUGAAAUUGGUAUUCGUCAAGCAGUAUUGCAAUUUUCUUUGACUGUUGGACAAGGCUUGAUUAGGUGCGACUCACAGUGGGGCAAGAUUAUUGAAUCAAGUGAAAAACUCAUAAAAGCUAUAUCUAAUGAUAUGGAGCUAAGAUAUAAGUAUUGCAAUGAGCAUGUUUUAUGAAAGUAAAUAAAUUUAAUAUAUUAUUCUUCCAUACGGUGUGCUUUUUCCCACAGUGUCAUAUAUUCAGAUUGAAAACAGCUAAUUAUUCGCGAAAUUUGCAGUUUCUACGAAUUAUGACUAGAUCCUGUCUUUUUUUCUAUUUCCUCUUGCAAUGCGUCUAUCUGGUUUUGUAAUUUUUGGUUAAUUUGUUUGUCAUAAAUAAGAUAUUAUCAUUUGUAUCUAGAUUAAUAUAUACAGAGUGUCCCACGAGGAUUCGACAAAUGCUAUAACUUUUGUUCUAUUCAAUAUUUUUGAUAUACAUUUUUUUUAAAUAAUUAGUAUGCCUCAGCGCUAUAAUUUAUAUAUGAAAUUUUUUUUUUUUUUUUGGGAGAGGAGGGCUUAAAAUAAAAAUUUUAAAUUUUACUAUAAUUUUUUUAAAAAAAUAUUGGUGGUUGGAACGUUUGUUAAAGUAUGGUCCUUUAUUUUCUACGAUUUUUUGAAAAUUUGAAUAACUUUCUUUCAAUCCUAACAAUAUUGUUUACCAACAUAAAUUACCAUCAUCAUCAACAUUAAUAUAUAUCAAAAAUAUUGAAUAGAACAAAGUUAUUGAAUUUGUCGAAUUCUUGUGGGACACCCUGUAGAUACCAAGAAAAAUUAUAUUACAUUAAAUUACAUAUAAACAAGAAUUGACUACACUAACAAAUGUGUUCAACAAAUAUUAGUCAACCAGUAAAAUUAAUUUGUUCUCAGAAAAAAAUUGAAACAUUAUUUAAGAAAGUAUAGGAGAUUCAAAUUUAUUACUCACAAAUUAAUUAGUAUAAUGUAAUAAUAUUCAAAAAGUUUAACUUAAAAUUGUUAUAACUUCGAAAAUUAUAAAACAGAUAAAAAUUAUAAUUACAAAUUUUUCAAUAUUUAGGGCUUUCAAUGAGUUUUUAAAAAUAAAUGAAUCAAAACGGGCAAAAAAUGAAAUUUUCAUCCAUCAUCAACGAAAAUACCUACUGCUUCUAAAUAUGUAUUAAUAAAAGUCAGAUCAAUCACGGAACACAAUUAAAUCUCUAAAUGUUAAUUUUUAUUUGAAAACUUCUAUAUAUGUUUUACAUAAAUACAUACAAUUUGCAUAAAACAGCCAUAAAUUCUGAAUCUUAAUUUUUUAAGAAUUAGAAUCAUACCUGAUCUAUAUUUUAUUUUAUGAAAUUAAAAUUAUAAAGAGCCCAAAAAAUAUUUAAAAUAUUUUAUAACUGAAACUCGUGUGUUGUCAUGACGUAUUAUUAGCUUGGAUUAAUGAACGUGGGGUAGUGAGUUCAAUGUUUCUAAUCUAAUCACCCGUGAUAAAAUUCUAUGGGUAAAUAAGUAUGAUUAUUGUGAAAAUACCAACUUUUAAAUCAUAGAUUUUUUUAAAUUAAUUCAUCACAAAUCGAAUCGGUGUAAGUGUCGAUCUAAAUAUGUAUUGUGCAACUAGAGAUGUCACAGUAUUCAAGCCUGGACAAAUAAAUAAUACCUAUAUAAUAAUAAUUGAUAAUAUAAAUUUGUUGUCACAAUAUAUUAUAAUAAUUUAUAAUAACAUAAAUGUGUCUGUGUGCCUAUCUACCUAAUAUGCUUAAAUAAUAAUAGUAAAAUACGACCAUAAAAAAUAUCACAUAAUUGGUAAACAAUUUCGGACUUUUGUAUUCCAAACUACAAAAAUCAUUUGGGGUUUGAUCAAUCUAUUUUUUGUAUCCUAGGUUUUACCGGUAUUUGUACUUUUAUUGUAACAUAUUUGUUCUAUUAUGGUAAAUUAACUAAAUGGUCAUUAUAUAUUUUCUUUAAUAGAAAAAUAAUUUAACAUUGUACUGAUUUUCCCGUUGUUCCACAUUUGUUGGGAAAACUUAGAAAAAAAACAAAAAAUAACCUCCUUAAAGUACCACUCCAAGAAAAUAUACUUUCAGAAAAGGGCUUACAUCAUAUACAUUGGAAUAAGUUUUCUGGUAGAAAAAGUAUUAAUAAAAUAAAUAAAUAAAUAAAUAUCUUUGUAAAACAAAUAUACUCUUCGCUACACUUAGAAUCUAAAAUUUAUCAUAAUUAUUUUGUUCUGCUCAUUAAUUAUGCAAUUUAAUAUAGAAAAAGUUUUUGUUUUUUUUUGGGUGUGCUAACUUUGUGGUGCUAAAGACGACCCUCUAGAUCCCUCUGAGUUGCACUUAUGAUAAUAGUAUAAAUAAUAUUAUUUGUAAACUUGGUGCAAGUGCAACUGUACAUGUGACAUUCCAUGGGUAUUGUUUUUUUAUCGUCUGUCAAUACAAAUUGUAGCAUACUUUUCAAAGUUAUUUUCGCGUCUAAAAUGUUUUUAUGUUUUUAUGUUACAUUUAAGGGAUUUAAAUAUGACUUCUGGCUGCAGAUGCUCUUUGUCAUACUGAGCCAGCAUUAGGUCAAAAGGUCAUUAAUUAAUUUCAUAGUACUUACAGAAGUACCUAGUUCUCAAAUUUUUAAUUUUGUGUAUCACUUAUACAUAUAAUGGAACUGUUAUUUACUACAUAUAACUGAAAAUACCUAAUAUAAACACACAAAAUUGAUUUUUAUUUGUAUUCUCAUAUAUUUAAUUACUACCAAGACCCAUCAAAUUGCACUUCAGAAUUAUUAAUUUUUCAUUUGAAGUAUCAUCACAAAAAUAUCAUCAGGUAUUUAGAUAGUAGUAGCACACUAAAUACUGUAAAUAUUAUUUACAGAUCUGUUCAAAUAAAUUAUUUGAUAUUUAAUAAAAUUGAAAUUAGAUUUUUAGUUUUCUAUUUUCUUAACAAAUAAAUAAAUAGAGAAUCCAUAAAAGUAAUAUCUAAUAUUUGUUUAAGGAAUGAAAUACAAAAGUUAUUGAAAGAAAAUUCGUUGUUUGUUUAUGAAUCAAUGUCCGUUGAAUCUGUAGAUUUGUUUUAUAAAAUCUGCCGAGGAGCUCUAAGAGGCCCAUGUCAAAAUAUUGACUUCAUAUAUCCAGGUAGAAAAUAUAUUGAAAAGUAUAAAAUAUUAUUUAUAUCGCAAUUUAAAAAUGUUUCAUAUGUAAUAGGCACAAAAUGGUGUGGACCUGGUAAUGUUGCUAAGAAUUAUUCAGAUUUGGGUGUUUACCGAGAAGAAGAUAUUUGUUGUCGAGAACAUGAUCAUUGCACCAGAACUUUGGAAACGGGUCAAUGUUAUUUUAAUCUCUGUAAUACCUCCCCGUAUACUAGGUAAAUAGUUAAUUUUAUUUAUUUUGAUUUAUUAUAAAGGGUAAUCAACAUAAUGUAAAACAUUCGUUAGUUCAGAUAUUAACUUUUUUUUUUAGAAAAUUUAAGAAACAAAUAGCUCUACAAUGUUAAAUUACCGUUAUUUUUUUGUCACUCAUCCUUAUUUUUGGGGUGAAACCACUACUCACUUUUAAUUUUCGAAAGUCAACCUACACUUUAAAUAUUUCAUAAAUACAUAAUAUAAUACUUUAAUUAAACUUUGAUGAUUAAAUUUUUAAUUUCCAUCAAUUCUUGAUGAGAUAUUCCACUCUAAAAUUUGUUAUUUUGUUGGUAGGAGGAGGGUAAUAGAGCAUCAUUUGUGUGGCAGUGCAGCGUGAAGCAUUUUAAUGCCUUUCAUAAUUUCAACAACAAAAUUUAUUUAAACUAAAUCAUCCAAUUAUGGAAUUUUCAAUACAGGUUGCUAUUUAAAAAUUAAAAGUGAAGUGGUUUCACUCCCAAAAAUAGGAGUAAUGUAACAUUGUAGAGCUGAUUAUUUCUUCAAUUUUUUAAAAAUAUGAGUAUUUUCAAUAUAACGUUUUGACCAUCCUAUAAAUGUUAUAUUAUAUUACUAAUUAUAAUGUGAAAAAAAUGGUAUUUUAUAGGUAUUAAAUAUUCAAUUUGUACAUCAAUAAUAAUCUGUGACUUUUUCAGAUCUCAUUGUGAAUGUGAUAAGAAGUUUCAAAAAUGUUUAAAUAAAGUCAACACAUCUACUGCUCAUACAUUGGGUAUUAUAUUUUUCAAUAUAGUUAAAGUCAUGUGCUUUAAAGAAGAAUGUCUUUUUGGGUAAUACACAAAAAUAUAUUAUAUUUUUAAAUAAUAUAGUUAGUACUUAGUACUUCUAUGUUCUAUUAUUUCACUUAUAUAGUCCCAAUAGUUUUUGUGCAUUGGUGUAUUUUAUUACUGUUUGUAAUUGUUUAAUAAAGAUUGUUAAAGAAAUAUCUAAUUGGUCUAAUUUGGUAUGUCUUUUACUAAAACCAAAUAGUGAAAUUAAAAUCUGUUUAUUUCUAUUCGAUAGAAAAUUUAAAAAUAAAAUCAUCAGAUGAAAAUGUUGUAUGUCUUCAAUGAAAAACUAAUGAAAUUAUUUAGUGCAAAUUGUUCCCAUUUCACAUUCUAAAUAAUUACUAUACAAUUUAAUAUAAUAUAAUAUGAAUAAUACCUAUAUUUACAGUGUUUAUAAUAUUCAUAAUAAAACCCUGAAUUACUAUAAAUUAAUUAAUUAUUUGUUUUAUUAUAUUUUUUUAGAGGGUGUUUUCAAACGUUUGAAAUAAUACCAAAUUACCACCCACGAGGCAGAAGUUUGGAAAUACUCUCCUCAGAUCACCUUUUUAAUAUUUUUAUAAAAAUUUUCAUGGAUUUUGUCCGUUAUACAUUAAUAUAAAUGGUGAAUAUGCUUAAUUUAAGUUCUUUAAAAAAUUUUAAACAAAUUUUUGUGUGAUUAUUUUAUUUAUUUUUAUUAUACAUAUCAACAUUAUGCAAAUUUUAAAUACCAUGGAAAGUAUAAUACUAAAUUAGUAAUAAUAUUGAUAAUGCAUAAUUUAUUAGGAUAGGUGAAAUUUAAAUUACUUUAUAUCUAUAUUAAUGACAAGUUUUAAGUUAAUCCUACUUAAAAAAAAAAAAUAAGUACACUAUUGUCUCUUAAUGGAUUACAUACAUAAUAAUUUUAAAAAUGUGUAUUAUAUAAAAACUAUUUACAUUUAAUGCAAACAAACAAAUGUUUUAUAAUUCUACUUUGGAAGAAUAAAAUAAUAACAAUUCAAGAAAUUAAUAUUUUUUUUUCCUGGGGCUUCAGAAUAUUUAGCAACAAUUUAUGGAACAAUAGUAAUAUUAUAACUUAUAAAAUAAUAUCAAAUAUGUUUAUACAAAGUUUUUAUUUACCUUUAAUUAAUAAUAAUUAUCUGUUUCCAAACUGAAUAAUUAAUGGCUUUCCUUCAAUUAUUAGUCCAAUGUUCUCUUUUAAUGCUUUCUCUGCUAUUUCAAUACCUAAAUAUUUUAUA